AAAUAUGGAGAAACAUCUGCUUAAAAGUUACAAAUCUUAUGCCAAGAAUGUGAAACUUAUAUCAAUAAUGAGUGGAAUAUGGCCGUCAACGGAAUCGAGUGUAUUUUACCGAUGGCUUCCAUAUUUAAUUAGUUUCGUGCUUUUCAUGAUUUCCUUUACUACAAUGAAUUUUGCAUACGUCAAUAUUCAUAACUUGAAUCAUGUGAUGAAAGGCAUGAGCAUAUCUCUGAGCUAUCUCAAUGCCAUUAUGAAGGUGAUUUGUUAUCUAGUACAUCGUGAGGAAAUUAUUGAGCUGAAUGAUACCAUAAAUGAGCUCUUAAGGAGGCAACAGGCAGAUGAGAAAUUACUAUCUCGAGCGUUAUCUCCUUUCAAAUUUUUCAAAGUACUCUCCGUACUUCUCAUGUCUUCGGCAUUCAUUGUUGUUGGAAUGUAUUUCAUUACACCCCUCAUUAUAAUGAUCAAUCAAUAUAGUCAUGGUGUGAAACCAAUUCGUUAUCUGUUGCCCUAUCCUGCACUGUAUCCGUACGAUAUCCGAGGUGGAAGUGUACUUUAUGUACUUCAUUAUGUAAUGGAAAGUUAUGGGUGCUUCUGUUUAUUCUCCAUUACUGCUAGUAUCGAUAAUCUUUUUGCUUUGUAUUCAUCACAAAUAAUCGGCCAUCUGAGAGCCUUGACUUAUGAGAUGAGACGUUUUACGUUUAAGGCUGGUUAUGAGAAGCAUUUGCAAAAACUCGUAAAAAUACAUCAGAGAAUAAUACGAUGUUGUAAAUUAUUACAAGCCAUACACGGCCCUAUUGUUCUAUCAAUGAUGCUGACGACUGCUAUCAUUCUGUGCUGUUUAAUAUUUCAAAUCAGUCAGAUGAAAACUAUAUCCAUGAGACAGAUAAUAUUUAUCUUCUUAUAUAUCAGUGUCAAAUUACUACAAACAUUGAUAUACGCAUGGGCAGGAACUCUUAUUACAACAGAGUGCGAUAAUUUUCGGAAUGAAGUUUAUGGAACAGGAUGGGAAAAUCUUGGAAAAAAGUCCACCAGAUAUCAUGUUGGAAUUAUUCUCAUGCAGAGACCCAUUCGCUUGAAGGCCUGCAGCUACACCUUCAUCUCUGUUAAUCUAUUCACAGGAAUUCUAAAUACAACAUUAUCAUACUUUUUCUUAUUACAAGCUUUGGAUGAUAAAAUCAUUAUUGGUAUUAAUUGUUUGAUGACAACAUUAGAUAAUAGAGAACUUCACUUCCAUCUGUUCACGGAAUACGAUGACUACUUGUCUGUACUGAUGGAUAUAAGUGCUUCUGAGAGGGCAGAAGUAGUGAAACAUGAACUGAAGGAGUUCCAUCGAUUUAGGCGCAAUAUUAAAUAUUGGGCAUUUUUCAGUGGAUCAUGGCCCAUCAAAGACCCAAAUUUAUUUUAUCGCUGUCUACCUUUUAUAGUUUUCAUUUCCACCAGUUUAAUAUCCAUUCAGCAGUUUCGAUUUGUUUUGGCCCAUAUCACGAAUAUUGGCAUGAUGGUGGGAGGAUUUAGUCUUGGCACGAGUUUUCUAUCAGUUGCUAUGAAGGUGGUUCUUUUCAAAUUUCAUAGAGAAAGAAUAUUGGAGAUACAGUCAAUACUGGAUAGUUUCCAGAAAGAAUCUCUAAGCGAUGAGAACUUGAAAUAUUUUUUUUUGGGCAAAUUACCUGGCUUUCGACGAUUAGUAAAGAUCUUAUCUAUUUGUGUCCUCUUUGGCUGUGUUUUUUGUAUCAUAGGUCCAGCAUUGUUCUUCAUAGCUCAAAUUCGGAGGAACAUUCGUCCUUUGAAGUACACACUUCCUACACCAGCUGCUUAUCCAUGGAACACACACGAUCUGGGAUUACUUUAUAUAUUAACGUUUUUAUACGAAUCAUACAAUGUCGUAGCUAUAGGUGUCGUAACACUUGGAAUUGACGGACUAUUUGCAUUUUACGUUUUUCUCAUCAUCGGUCAGCUCAGAAUCCUUGGGGAAGAAAUGGCUAGUUUGACCGUAACAAGUCAUUAUAAGGUGAUUGUACGGGAAUGGGUCACGAAAUUUCUGGUGCUGAAGAGGUGCUGUGGAAUGUUACAAAAAAUUUAUGGACCCAUCAUUUUGUGGCAAGUUGUGACAAAUUCAACCGUCAUCUGUGCCGUCUUAUUUCAAAUAACACAUGUGUCUGGCAUUUCUAUAGGACGAUAUUUGCUGAUAUUCGGCUACAGUGGAACAAAAAUAAUGCAAACUUAUUUGUAUAGUUGGGCCGGGUCUAGUUUGACUGCUGAGAGUGAAGCUUUGAGAAACUCCGUUUAUUUUUCCAAAUGGACGGAGAAAAAAUUUCAACGUUUCAGGACUUCUGUUCUGAUAAUUUUGACGCAAAAGCCUCUUGUAAUAGUGGCCGCAGCUUGCGUUUAUAUUUCCCUUGAUAUGUUUCUAAUGACAUUGAAUACAGCCGUGUCCUAUUUCUUUCUGCUCCAGACAUUUGAAGAGAAGGCGUCAUAAUCUCCAAAUUAUGAUGAACCCAAAAUGAAUUUCCACAUGUGAUCUAUAAUAAAAUUGUUAUUCCAACCUUCCAA